GCAUCCGAAAUGAGUGUUAAAAUGGGAGCUAAUGUGUGCCCGAUUGCAGAGGAACGAUCGGGAACGGUGCGUGAAGUCGGUGGACAGGCAGUUUGGAGUCUUUCGUCGUGCAAACCUGGCUUUGGCGUCGAUCAGUUGCGGGACAACUCGAUGGAAACGUACUGGCAAUCGGAUGGACAGCUGCCGCAUCUAGUAAACAUACAAUUUCAUCGCAAAACGACAGUUAGCCAGAUUUACAUCUACUCCGAUUACAAGCUGGACGAAAGUUACACCCCGAGCCGGAUAUCGAUCCGCUGCGGGAUGCACUUUAACGAUCUGCAGGAGGUCGAGGUAGUUGAUCUGUGUGAACCAUCCGGCUGGGUAUGCAUACCGAUCAAGGAGUACGAGGAAAUGCCGAUGUGCACGUUCAUGAUACAGAUAGCGGUGAUAAGCAAUCAUCAGAAUGGCAGGGAUACGCAUAUGCGCCAGAUACGGAUCCAUUCGCCUACCGAAGGUUCACAGUACCCGUUGGAACAUCAUGGCAAGUUUAGUACGCUAGAAUUCGCCCAGUUCCGUACGAUACGCUAG